GGUGGAUUUACUGAGACUCAGACAGACAGACCGGCUGUCCCCAAGCUGCGCUGAUCCUUCACACAUCCGGCAGCACGCUGGAGUCCGCCUGCCUCCUCCAGUCCCUUAUCACUGGCCACCUGCCUCUCCGAGAAUAACACAGCGGCAUCAAACAUCAAGCAACCAAAAGCGAGGAGACGAGACAAGAUACUACCCGGUUUCUUGUGCCACCUUUUCGGCUUCCAGCACUCUUCCCCUCCUCUCACCCUGGUCCUGCGGGAGUAGACAGGACUGCGCACAGGGCGCACUUGGCGACCCGGGUUUGUUGUCGUUACCACGGGAGGAGCGCACAGCGAGCAGAGCUAUAUAGCCGGUACUGGCUUCUCAUUAAACCGGACUGACCGCCCCCCCACCCUCAGAGGAGCCACUUGCAUGGAUGCACCAUGGCCACGUUUAUCUGCAGGGUUCAGUUUUUAGAUGACACCGAUCCGUUUAACAGCACGAAUUUUCCAGAACCGACGAGACCACCGCUGUACACCUUCAGGGAGGAUAUCCCACUAAUCAACCAGUUAGCAGGCGUCCACCGGCUGCUCAAAGCUCCACACAAGCUUGAUGACUGUGCGCUGCAGCUGUCCCACAAUGGCACCUAUCUGGAUCUGGAGUCCUCUCUGGCUGAGCAAAGGGACGAGCUGGAGGGCUUUCAACAGGACGACACAGGGUCCAGAGGAAAGAAGCACAGUGUUGUUCUGAGGACCCAGCUGACCGUCCGUGUGCACGCCUGCAUCGAAAGACUGUAUAACUCCAAUGGACGUGACUUGAGAAGAGCACUGUUCUCUCUGAAGCAGAUUUUUCAGGAUGACAAAGAUCUGGUCCAUGAGUUUGUGAUGGCUGAAGGUCUGACGUGUCUUAUCAAGGUGGGAGCAGAAGCUGAUCAGAACUACCAGAACUACAUACUCAGAGCUCUGGGGCAGAUCAUGCUGUAUGUAGAUGGGAUGAAUGGUGUCAUCGGGCACGUUGAGACAAUCCAGUGGCUGUACACUCUUGUUGGCUCAAAGUUCCGCCUGGUAGUGAAAACAGCUCUAAAGCUGUUGCUAGUGUUUGUGGAGUACUCCGAGUCCAACACCCCACUGCUGAUAGAAGCCAUCACCACUGUGGACACCAAGAGAGGUUGCAAGCCAUGGUCCAAUACUAUGGAGAUCUUACAUGAGAAGGAUGGAGUGGACACAGAGCUGCUCGUCUAUGCCAUGACCCUCAUCAAUAAGACGCUUGCAGCACUGCCUGAUCAGGAUUCAUUCUACGAUAUGGUGGACGGUCUGGAGGAACAGGGCAUAGAAACAGUGUCCCAAAGACACCUGGGGCGGAAAGGCACUGAUCUGGACUUGGUUGAACAGCUCAACAUUUAUGAGACGACCCUACGGCAUGAAGACGGUGACGAUGACAGCCAGCCUCCACCAGUUGGACGUCGGGACCGCCGACGAGUCAGCCUCGGGGGCGGGGACAAAAAGCGCGGCCUGGAGAGGAGGCGGAGCCGCAGGGCAUCUCUUGGCCGUUCCGGUCAUGCCUCCCCCUGCAGCCCUGCAUCCCCACAGAGAGCCGGCUUCCAGCCUUUCAGUGGACAAAGAACAGAGGACACGAGCGAGAGCCCGGCUAGACAUCCUUCAUCCACAGUUCACCGAACAACCCUCCAGUCCAUCACCAUCACUUCCAGAAAGGAGAACAUAAAAGAGGAGGAGCAUAGGAAUCGGACCGAACCACCUUCAGCACUCCCCCUCCGCUCCCCCUCCACCCCCACCUCCUCUCUUCCCAUCUCCUCCCCUCUCAGCCCUCCAGCUGAAACCUCUCUUCUGGCCUCCCUACUGGCCAGGAAGAGGUCCAUUGUCAGCGUCCCGGCUACAAAGGAGGUCGUUCCGCCAUUGCGCGGCAGCUCCCGUCCCUCUCCCGACCGCCUGCCCUACCUGCCCCACUCGCCCUUCCACCUCUUCUCCUACGACCUCCAUGAGGAGCCGUCACCUCCGGCUCCAGCCAAACCCAGUGAGGAGUCCCCCAAAACGACAUCUCCCAGGAAUGGAGGUGUCAUGUCCUAUUCCUCUCACAGCACCCCAAGUACGCCUACCAGCUCCAGGCCUGCUUUAGGAGGUCUUCUGUCCUCCUCUUACCGACAACACCAGGAAUCUCUGGCAGCCGAACGUGAGCGCCGCCGUGUGGAGAGAGAGGAGAGGCUGCAGAGGAUAGAGAGAGAGGAGAGGAACAAGCACAGUCGCGACUAUGUGGAUAAAAUGGAAGAGGCCAGGCUUGCGCGGGAGGAGAGGUAUAAGAACGUGGAGCGUGUGGCGGCGGAGGAGUACGAGCGGGACCGCGUCCGGGUGUCAAGGGCUCGCCCUGACCUCAACCUGACCUUCGAACCCUCAGAGGCCUGGCCCUCAUCCUCACGCAGCAGCACCCCGUCCUCCUUCGCCUCCCAGGAAGACGCAGAGGCUGACCUCGAAGCCGAGACCCCCACUACCCCCAACACGCCCUCUGAGACUGGAGAGGCUGAUGACUCCUGUGCCAGUGUAGAAACGGAGGAAAAAGAGGCCACUGCUGAAGAGGAGGAAGAACAGAAAGAGGAAGAAGUGCAGGAGGAAGUGGCAACAGAAAAGGAGGAGGAAGGCGAGGAGUGUGAGCAGGAACCGGAGAAGGAGAAAGAAGAGGCGGAGGAGGACAGUGGCAUCCUGAGCGACAAGGAACGACAGAAUGAGGAAGUGAACGAGAAGGACAACUGCUCGGCCUCCAGCAUCUCCUCCGCCAGCAGCACUCUAGAGAGAGAGGAGAGGGGAAGCAACGAGAAUGGCUUUAAGGAGGAAGAGGUGAACGAGCAGUGCAGCAAACUCCUCAACAGCAAGCUAUUCAUGCUGGACAUGCUGUAUUCCCAGAACAAGAAACCCAGUGAUGAGGAGGAAGAGGAGGAGGAGGAGGAAGAAGAGGAUGCAGAGAAGGAGAAAGAGAAAGAAAAGGAAGAGGGAGAGGACAAAGAAACCCAGGAGGAUGCUGAGAGGCAGCUGAGUGUUGAACAGGAGAGCGACAACAGGGCCGACAAAUCCGCGCACCGUGGGACCAUCCGACCGUUAGCUGAGCGGUUUGGAGAAUUGCUCAAGGACCUUGUUUCGCCCCACGCUCACCUGGAGUGCCCAGCCAAUGAGCCCCCUCCACCCCCACCCCCACCCAAAAAGGAAUCCGACACGAUCUGGGACCAGCUCCUGGCCAGCCCUCGAGAGCUGCGCAUUGGAGACAUCAACUUCACCGACCUGACAGAGGAUGAUGACAAGAACAUUCUGGAUGCUGUUUUGAUGGGAGGAUGCGGGGACCUCCCACCCCCGCCGCCUCCUCCUCCACUCUUCAUCCACCGCUUCCCUCCUCCCCCUCCCAUGCUAGGCAGCUGCCCCCCGCCACCUCCCUUGAUCGGGUUUAUGAGGCCUCCUCCUCCCCCUGCAUCAAUUCCAGUGCCUCCUCCCCCGGAGCCACCUCUAUUCAACAAGAAAAAGAAGACAAUCAGGCUCUUCUGGAGCGAGGUGCGCCCGACAGACUCUCAGUACAAGGACUACAAGCGGAGCGGAGAUUCGCUCUGGUCCAAAUUGGAACCAGUGAAGUUGGACACAGCCAAACUGGAACACCUGUUUGAGUCGAAAUCAAAGGAAAUACCAGUUACAAAGAAAACAGCAGCGGACGGCAAGCGCCAGGAGAUCAUCGUUUUGGAUUCCAAGAGAAGUAACGCCAUCAACAUCGGCCUUACGGUGCUGCCUCCUCCUCGCACUAUCAAGACGGCCAUCCUUAACUUUGACGAGUACGCGCUCAACAAGGAGGGCAUCGAGAAAAUCCUGACCAUGAUCCCCACAGAGGAAGAGAAGCAGAAGAUCCAGGAGGCCCAGCUGGCCAACCCCGAUGUCCCACUGGGCUCAGCAGAGCAGUUCCUCCUCACUCUGUCCUCCAUCAGUGAGCUCUCCGCCAGACUCCAGCUCUGGGCCUUCAAGAUGGACUACGAAGCAACUGAGAAGGAAGUAGCAGAGCCGCUGCAGGAUUUGAAGGAGGGUAUGGAGCAGCUGGAGAAGAACAAAACUCUACGCUACAUCCUCUCCACGCUGCUCGCUAUCGGAAACUUCCUCAACGGCACCAAUGCUAAAGGUUUUGAGAUGACGUAUUUGGAGAAGGUUCCAGAGGUGAAGGACACGGUUCAUAAGCAGUCCCUGCUGCAUCACGCCUGCUCUGUUGUGGUGGAGAACUUCCCUCAGAGCACCGACCUCUACUCCGAGAUUGGAGCCAUCACACGAUCUGCAAAAGUGGAUUUCGACCAGCUGCAGGAGAACCUGUGUCAGAUGGAGCGGCGCUGCAAAGCCUCAUGGGACCACCUGAAGGUGAUAGCCAAGCAUGAAAUGAAGCCCCAGCUGAAGCAGAAGAUGUCUGACUUCCUCAAAGACUGUGCUGAGAGGAUUAUCAUCCUCAAGAUUGUUCACCGCAGGAUCAUCAACAGGUUCCAUUCGUUCCUGUUAUUCCUCGGUCAUCCGGCCUACAGCGUGAGAGAGAUCAGCGUCCACAGGUUCAGCAAAAUCCUCAGUGAGUUUGCGCUGGAAUACCGAACCACCCGAGACCGCGUGCUGCAGCAGAAGCAGAAACGCGCCGACCAUCGCGAACGCAACAAGACCCGAGGAAAGAUGAUCAUGGACGUCAAUGCUCCUUCUGAUGAUGAAGAAGAGAGUGAGUGUGUUCGGCAUGGCUCCAGUAGCAACAGCAGUGCCCCUAGUGGCAGCCAGGAGCCUGAGCAGCCUCAGGGUCUGGGCCACUCUGAGGAUGCUGCGGAGCAUGAACACAUGAAAGCUGUGCUGAGAACCAGCCUCAGUGGUGGCGACAAGGAGGCCAGCGGAGUGCCAGGGCUUCGGACACGCACAAGAUCCCGGCCUGGGCGGGGAGGUCGCACUAUGCAGGCAUGGACGCCACCCGUGGAAGACGCUCAGAUCUGUGGAGAUGACGCUGCAGACGAGAUCAUGGAGCGUAUAGUGAGGUCGGCCACUCAGGGUCCAGGAACCAGAGCACAGCCCCGAGAGAGGAGGAGGUCCAGGGCCAACCGCAAGUCAUUGAGGCGGACUCUAAAGAACGGUCUGACCCCAGAAGAAGCUCUUGCUUUAGGACUAACCGACUCUCCAGAAACAUAAAUGUUAUCAUCCCACCUCCCUCAUUGCCGCGGAAACACAGCUACAAUCAUCAAAGCGACAUCUCUGUCAGCCGCCUAUCCUCGCCACGUUUUACAGAGUUGUAUUCCACCUGUCACAAACCCUUUUUUCAGUUUUUGCCAGCUGCUAAUUUUGCCUGAUGUGUCUGAGUGAUGAAGCUACAGCCAUGAUAGUGUUUUUUUAAUUGCAACGCGAAGAAAUAGUGAAAGUGAAUCAAUCAAAUAAGAAAAGAAAAGUUUGAUUCAGUGAUGCUGCACUCACACACUACGUUUUGUUUUCCAUUUGUCUAAAUAUAUAUUUGAAAUGUUACAUUAGUCCAAAGGGAUACUUUUUGCUUGUGAGUUUCUGCAGCUGUGAUAUCACUAUGUUUUCAUUUAUUUAAGCUGUGAAUUUCGGUCGUAGAGAUUAAAAGGAUAAAGAGGAUGUUUAAUUUCUUCUCUUAUCCAGUUUCAAAGAAUCCCAAGAGCUCAGCACAAACAAAGAGGCUCACUGAGAGUGAUGUAAUGUUUGCUUCUGCAGCCACACGUUUGACAAGUGACGAGUGUAGUUGUGUUUAGUAGGAAGGUGAAAGGUUUUCAAUCGGGUGUGUGCCUUUCAUGUGACAGGGACAAUUGUACCUUUAAGAUAUCUUUCUGUCUUGUUUCAUGCACCUCCUACUUCACAGAUAACUCACAAAUGUCACAUUCACAGGCGUAGUUAUAUUGAGUACGAGCGCCGAUUGCAAUGAAUUCACUUUUUUAUUUUAUUUCGGCAGAAUUGUUCUCAGUAUUUAUUUGAAGAGCUCGGACAUCUUGCACCUUACUCAACAU